AUGCCGCGUUCACGAUCGGGCCGUUCGCGUUCACGUAGUCGAUCGGGUAGAACUCCUAGCCGUGUAGAUAGACAGUCCCGCGGUAAAUCGUUGAGGAACGAACAAACGCGCAAUAGGCCGUCACGGGCAACUCACCGCCGUCAUAGAUCGCGAAGUGAAUCUGACGAUAAAAGGUUAUCUCGUUCGCGUAGUAGGUCAGUAGGUUCUCCCUUUAGUGAAAGACGAUCUCGCAGCAGAUCGCGUCGUAACAAACGUGUGCACAAUCGUCGCGAGCGAGUAUCGCGUCGAAGUACUGAACGUUCUCGGCGACCGCGCAGGCUGUGUUCGGAGAAUCGUGAGCGGAUAUCACGCGGUAACAGUGAGUAUUCAUUAGUUUCGGGUAGAUCUCGUUCGCGCAGUGGUAGUAAUUCGAUUAAACGUACGUUAGAUGCGAUUAUGACUCGUCUGUCUGCUAUCGAGCAAUCGACAGUCAACUCGCCACGAAAUUCGUUACAAACUGAUCACGGUAGCGUACCUGUAGUGGAAAGCGACGCGUCCACGAGCACUGCUCAAGCGUUUACGGAAGCAUUGCUUGCCAUUACCCGAACGAAGCCGCAGGAGUCUGCUACAGAAGAUGAACGUGAUGAUAAUCAACCUGGGCCUUCGACGGCUCCCGCUACUGCUCCCCCAGGAGUUCCACCUGGAGACGGCAAGAUCGAGUCCUCAUCAAUAUCCACUGAC